AUAUCACAUUACUGGCAUCUGGCGGGCCUUCAUCCACACAACGACACAAUAGCAAGGAAAGUUUCUCGUUUACUCUUUCAAUCACAUUUUAUCAUUUUAAUUUAUUUAUUUUGCUAUAAGGACAAUAAUGUAAACGAAAUUUAAUCCCGAUUAGUGAUUACUGCCUAUAAGAAAUUAACCGAUUGAGUAAUAUUCAAAUAUCAUUGGUCGGUCAUUCUCCCAAUUAUUUGGGGACAUUUAUUGUCCUAUUAGCAUUCCGAUUCACAUAAUCAUUUAAUCCUGGAAGAUGAGAGAAAACAACCCAUAAUUGGCAAUUUCCCUUGAAUUACCUUAUCUAGAGUUCUGUAGUUACAGAGUAUAAAAAAAAAUCAAGAUUUCAUUUUCAAAAAAAAAAAAAAAAAAAAAAAAAAAAAAAAAAAAAAAAGGAAUCAGUGGUUCUGUUGUUCUUCAGUUGACAUGAGAAACUCGUGCACAAUCUUUCAGUUCUCAACUACAAAAGUCAAAAUAGGAGUUUUGUGAUGAACUGAUGUUAAAAGGUGAAGUUACUGAGGCAAUUUAUUUAUGUCAGUUUUUCCUGUAAGCCGAGGCUCCUCGAAUAAUCGAGUAUUGUAAGAUCUUGUAAGGCAAGGAGUAGCUUUAGUAUUACUGCUGGUUUGAAAUGGGUCGAGUUAAGAAAAAGCAGCAGCAUUUUGGUAAAAUUGAUCCCUUAUCAUUGGAGAAAUUGUUGUCUAAGAGUCCAAGUGAUCGGUCUUUGAUUGGAAAGCCUGGAUUUUCGAGGGUAGUUUAUUGCAAUGAUCCUGAAUGUUCUGAAGCUGAACAGCUUAAAUAUUGUGACAAUUAUGUUACAACUACAAAGUAUACUCUUGUUUCAUUCUUUCCCAAAUCGUUGUUUGAGCAGUUUAGGCGGAUUGCCAAUCUAUAUUUCCUUAUGUGCGCGUUCUUGUCAUUCACUCCGAUUGCUCCUAACCCACCAGUCAGUAGUGUUCUCCCUCUUGUGGUUGUGGUGACUGUAACAAUGGUGAAGGAAUUAAUUGAAGAUUUCAAGCGCAGGAAACAGGAUAAUGAGGUGAAUAAUAGAAAGACUAAGGUUCAUCGCGGUAAUGGCAACUUUGAGGACUCAAAAUGGAUGAACUUAAGAGUUGGAGAUGUUGUGAAGGUGGAAAAGGAUGAAUUCUUCCCUUCUGAUCUUAUCCUACUUUCCUCAAGUUAUGACGAGGCUAUAUGCUAUGUGGAAACUACUAACCUUGAUGGGGAAACUAAUCUGAAACUAAAGCAAGCACCGGAAGUAACUGCAGGCUUAAAUGAGGACUCGAUGUUUCAGAACUUCAGAGCUAUUAUUAGAUGUGAAGACCCAAAUGCGAACUUAUAUUCUUUCAUUGGGAAUUUGGAUUUGAAAGGGCAACAGCACCCCCUUUCAUCUCCGCAGCUGCUUCUGAGGGAAUCCCAACUGAGGAAUACUGAGUACAUUUAUGGUGUUUCAAUCUUCACUGGUCAUGAUACUAAAGUCAUCCAAAAUUCAGUGGACCCCCCUUCAAAGAGAAGCAAGAUUGAGAGGAGAACAGAUGUAAUAGUAAUCUUCUUGUUUUUCUUGCUAUUUUUGCUUGGUAUUUUCGGAUCUAUUGUUUUUGGGAUAGUCACAAAUGAGGAUAUCCUUGAUGAUGGUAUCACAAUGACAAGAUGGUAUUUAAGGCCUGAUGAUACCACAAUAUACAAUGAUCCAAGAAAUACUUCACUUGCUGCUUUGCUGCAUUUUUUGAGAGCUGUUAUGCUGUAUGGUUACCUCAUUCCCAUCUCAUUGUAUGUAUCAAUAGAGCUGGUUAAAGUUCUGCAGACUGAGUUUAUUAACAAAGAUAUACACAUGUAUUAUAAAGAAGGUGACAAGCCGGCACAGGCCCGUACCUCAAAUUUGAAUGAGGAACUUGGUCAAGUUGAUGUGAUAUUGUCUGAUAAAACAGGAACUUUAACAUGCAAUUUGAUGGAAUUUGUUAAGUGUUCUAUUGCUGGAACUGCAUAUGGGCAGGUGAUCACAACAGUGGAACGGGCUAUAGCUAAUAGAAAGAGGAUACCUUUGACUGGCAAGGUGAUGAGUAGAGAGAAAGAGAAUGAGGAUACUGAAGAUAAUGAUAAUGUAGAUCAGUCAACUGUUAGAGGCUACAAUUUUGUGGAUGAUAGAAUCACAAAUGGGAACUGGGUAAAUGAAGAAAGGUCUGAUGUUAUACAGCAGUUCUUUCGAGUUAUGGCUAUUUGCCAUACUGUUAUACCUGUAAUGGAUGAAGAAACAGGGAGUUUAUCAUAUGAAGCAGAAUCUCCAGAUGAAGCAGCACUUGUUAUUUCAGCAAGAGAACUUGGUUUUGAGUUUUACGAGAGGACUCAAGCAACCAUCUCCUUGAGAGAGUUGGAUCCUUUGUCUGGUGCAAAGGUUGAAAGGACUCUUGAACUUCUGAAUAUCAUAGAAUUCAGUAGCACAAGAAAGAGGAUGUCUGUGAUUGUGAAAAACGAGGAAGGAAAAAUACUACUGCUUUGUAAAGGUGCUGACAGUGUUAUGUUUGAAAGGCUAGCAUAUCACGGGAGGGAGUUUGAAAGGCAGACUAGAGAACAUGUUAUGGGGUAUGCUGAAUCUGGUUUGAGAACUCUAAUACUUGGAUACAAAGAAGUCAAUGAAGAUGAAUAUGUGACGUUCAAUGAGGCAUAUACAGCGGCCAAAAGCUCUAUUAGUGCAGAACGAGACAAAUUGGUUGAAGAAGUGGCCGAAGACUUUGAGAAAAAUCUGAUUCUUCUUGGAGCUACAGCUGUAGAAGAUAAGCUCCAAAAAGGGGUUCCUGAAUGCAUUGAAAAACUAGCACAAGCUGGAAUUAAGUUAUGGGUACUAACCGGGGAUAAAAUUGAAACAGCCGUUAAUGUUGGUUAUGCUUGCAGUUUGUUGAGAGAAGGGAUGAGGAAGAUAGUAAUCAACUCUGAGUCACAUAGGGCAAAAGCAUCCGUUAAAGUGUCAGAUAAGACUUCCAUACACAAAGUUUUAAAAGAAAUGGUUGUCCAAGACUUAAGAGAGGGGAAGGAACUGCUUUGUUUAUCGCAUGGGAGCUCAGAGGCACUGGCUCUAAUUAUUGAUGGAAGGUCACUCAGUUAUGCAUUGGAGGAUGAUGUCCAACACAUAUUUAUAGAGCUUGCUCUGGGUUGUGCAUCGGUCAUCUGCUGCCGUUCAUCUCCUAAACAGAAAGCACAAGUCACACAACUGGUAAAAACUAGAAGAGGAACAACAUUGGCGAUUGGUGAUGGCGGAAAUGAUGUAGGCAUGCUCCAAGAAGCAGACAUUGGGAUCGGUAUUAGUGGCUUUGAGGGAAUGCAGGCGGUCAUGGCAAGUGAUAUUGCAAUAGCUCAGUUUCGUUUUUUGGAGCGUUUGGUACUUGUUCAUGGGCAUUGGUUUUACAGAAGGAUCUCAUCAAUGAUAUGUUAUUUCUUCUACAAGAAUAUAUUGUUUGGCUUCACACUCUUCUAUUACGAUGCAUACUCAUCAUUCUCUGGUGAACCUGCAUACAACACCUGGUUUUUGACCCUCUACAAUGUCAUCUUUACAUCACUCCCUGUGAUUGCUCUUGGAGUUUUUGACCAGGAUAUUCCUGCCGAGUCAUGUCUCAAGUACCCUCAAUUGCACCAAGAAGGUGUACAAAACAUCCUAUUUAGCUGGAAAAGAAUAUUCGGUUGGUUACUCAAUGGGAUAGUUAGUGCAACGGCAAUCUUCUAUCUUUGUAUAUUCACAUUGGAAAAUCAGGCCUUUCGUAGAGAUGGUGAAGUAGCUGGAUUUGAAGUUAUUGGAGCCGUACUCUACACUUGUGUGUUAUGUGUAGUGAAUGCUCAAAUGGCUCUUUCCAUAAAAUAUUUCACUUUCAUCCAACACUUGGUCAUCUGGGGAAGCAUUCUAUUUUGGUACAUAUUUCUCUUAGCAUACGGAGCCAUUGAUCCUUACAUAUCAACUACUGCAUAUAAAGUCUUUGCUGAAGCAUGUGCAUCUGCUCCAUCUUUUUGGGUUGUUAUGCUUCUUGUUUCCGUGGUUGCAUUGCUUCCUUACUUCAUAUAUGCUGCUCUGAGUACGGAGUUUUUCCUGCAUUAUUGUCAAAUGCUAAUGGCUAAACUGAGAGUCCAAAGUAAUUUUACUUUGUUAGACAGAGAACAUUAACACAGAAUAUUAGGCUGUACAGUGCAAUUUAUUUAAGUGUAGCAUUUCUGAGAAGACAGAGCUCCAGAGGUAUUUUAUAGGUUUUAAGUCUUACUGUACAAGAAUUAGCUGCUGUUGGUUAUUAUUCUUAUUCUGAUGAUCAAGAUUCCAUUACAUUAAAUUAACAUAUGGGCUGAAGUUCAACACAUCAAAGGUGUCAGAACUCGUAACAGCUAGGAGCCGAAGGUCAGAGUGAAGUACAAAGUUCAUGCUCACCGUAGUACAUGAAGCUCCUCUGAUAAUUCAUAAUGUUAAGAUUGAAAGCUCCAAAAAUUGUUUUAUUUUUUCGGAGUCUCUAAGAAAAGGCAUCCUUGAACAUUUUUUGUUAAUCACCAUAUGUAUGUGGUAGUUAAUGAAUAAUUCAUCGAUAUUACAUGCUAAUGUAUAACUUUUUCAUGGCCUUCUUGAUUCUUACUGUGUUUACAAUGAGCAUAGUAGCCUUCAGAUCAGAAAUACACUGUAGAAUAUUUUCAACUGCAAA